AUGCAUUUGAAAGACAAAGAUCAAUCUUUUGAAUACAGCAAAGUCCACAUUCUGGAUAGAAUGUUUACAACAGUCAUUUCAGGAGUUCCAAGAAAUUCCACACCCAUUUGCACUAUUCAGGUGAUUCUGAGGGCACAGAUCCUAUGCCAUGAUGCUAAAUGCACCAUCAACAAUCCUAGCAUUAAAUACAAAUCUUAUCAUUCAGGUGACCUCAUCAUUGGUGGCAUUAUUUCUGUGAUCUACAUGAUGUCGAACCUGAUCACCUUCAAAAGAAUUCCAUCUGAAGAACUUCUUGAUGAUCCCAUCUAUUUCAUGGCAACAUGGACCUACCUUGCUUCUAUGGAGCUUCUUUCUUCACAUGAUAGUUGGGUUCCCAACUACAAAUGUAGUAUCCACCAAAACUCAGUUUGUGUUAUUGCAGGACCCAAUUCUCAUAUCUCUCGAGUUAUGGCAGACAUUCUUAGCAUUUACAAGAUUCCACUGUUGACCUAUGGCUCAGCUCCAGUGCUGGAUAACAUGAUUUACUCAGUGUUCUUUCAUCACAUGUUUCCAAACGAACAUCUUCAAAUUAUGGGAAUUCUCCAGUUGCUGCUGCAUUUUAGGUGGACCUGGAUUGGGGUGAUUUGUCAUGAAAAUGAGAUCGGUGAACGAUUUCUGAGGAAAGUGCUUAUCAUAUUUUCCCAAAAGGGGAUCUGCUUUGAUUACAUUGAAGAGCUUCCAAUGAAAGCAUUUUCGAAUGAGUUGGGAGAGCAACUGGAUAAUAAUCUUAAAAUAUACAGAGUCAUGAUGACAGCGACCUCCAGCGUUGUGAUUGUGUAUUCUGAAAACCACGUAAUGGCAAUUUUCAGAAUGAUCUCCUCUGUUUCGGAAAUUGUGGACAGCACAGUGGAGAGAAAGGACAAAGUUUGGAUUUUCCCAGCCCAGAUGGAAUACACUUCAGUUCCGUUUCAAAGAGACAGAAGUAUGGACUUCAUCCAUGGGGCUCUUUCUUUCUCAGCUUCAUCAAAAGAACUAUCAGGAUUCAAUACAUUUCUUCAGAUGAGAAACAAUGUUCCAGAAGAGAAAGACAGUCUUUCAAGGGUCUUUUGGGAACAAGCCUUUGGCUGUUCUUUCUCAAAAUCCACUUUAAACGGAGAAUCGGACAAAAAAUGCACAGGGGAAGAGAAGCUGGAGACUCUUCCAAGCUCUGUUUUUGAACUCAGUAUGACUGGGCAAAGCUACAGUAUCUACAAUGCAGUCUAUGCUGUGGCACAUGCUCUCCAAGCCAUGCUUACAUCCCACUCUAAAUACAGACCAAUGGCUGGUAGUGGGAAGCAGAAGCUUCUUAAUCAUCAAAUGUGGCAGCUUCAUCAUUACCUGAGAAAAGUCUCAUUUAACAACAGUGCUGGAGAAAAUAUUUUCUUUGACCAGAAUGGGAAGGUUGCAACUGGCUUUGAUAUUAUCAACUGGAUCACCUUCCCAAAUCAAUCCUUUCAUAGAGUCAAGGUUGGAAAAGUAAAUCCAUCAGCUCGAACAGAAAACCUGUUCUCUCUAUCGACAGAUAAAAUUGUCUGGGCCAACCUUUUUAACCAGACUCAACCUCCUUCUUUGUGCAAUGAUCAUUGCUCCUUGGGUUACAUCAAGAUCACAAUAGAAGGGAAGCCAUUUUGCUGUUACAAAUGCCUUCGUUGCCCAGAAGGGAAAAUUGCCAACGAGACAGAUUUAGAUGACUGUUUGCCCUGUCCUGAAGAAUGCUAUGCUAACAAGGACCAGGUGCUUUGCAUUAAAAAACAUGCAACUUUCUUGUCUUACAAAGAACCCUUGGGAAUCACCUUGACCAGUGUGGCUUUCCUCUUUUCUUUCAUCUCAGUUGUGCUGCUGGGGAUCUUCAUUAAAUACCAGGAUACUCCCAUAGUCAAAGCCAACAACAGGAAUCUCAGUUAUACUCUUCUCCUUGCUCUCCUGCUUUCCUUCCUUUGCACUUUGCUUUUCAUUGGGCAACCUGACCAAAUAAAAUGUCUCACGCGACAAACUACUUUUAGCAUCAUUUUCUCUGUAGCCCUUUCUUGUAUAUUAGCAAAAACAACCAUAGUGGUCCUUGCUUUCAUGGCCACCAAGCCAUGUUCCAAAAUCAGGAAAUGGGUGGGGAAAAAGCUGACCAACACAAUUGUCGUGUCUUGCUCCCUGGUGCAAGUCACCAUUUGUAGUGUGUGGCUGGCAAUUUCCCCCCCAUUUCCAGAAUCAGACACACACUCCAUGGUUGAAGAAAUUGUCCUGGAAUGUAAUGAAGGUUCACCCAUCAUGUUUUACAUUGUCCUUGGCUUUAUGGGGUUCUUGGCUGCUGUCAGCUUCACAGUGGCCUUCCUAGCCAGGAAGUUACCUGACAGCUUUAAUGAAGCCAAAUUUAUUACCUUCAGCAUGUUUGUCUUUUGCAGUGUCUGGGUGUUGUUUAUUCCCACCUAUCUGAGCACCAAGGGAAAAUACUUGGUGGCUGUGGAGAUCUUCUCCAUUUUGUCUUCAGCAGCAGGAUUACUGAGCUGCAUCUUUUUCCCAAAAUGCUACAUUAUUGUGCUGAGGCCUGACCUGAACCGAAAGAAACAGUUGAUAAAGAAACAAAAUUGA